AUGGCGGACCACCGUGGGCGGGAGGAGGCGGAGGGGGACGGCGAGGGGGCGGCGCGCUUCGACCUCGCCGCGGGGACCGGCAACCCCCUCGCAGACCUCCCGGCCAUCGCCGCCGUCGGACCCCGCGGGGCCCCCGCCCGACGCCUCGAGGCCCAACUCGAGCCCCUCCACCGCCUCGUCUUUGGACGCGCCGGCAGGACGGGCGAACGCCGCCGCGCCCUCGAAGUCUUUCGCGGAUUCCCGCCAGACAUGCGUGACGACGUGGUGGAGCGGGUCGGGCGACUCACAAAGGACAAACUCCGCGCCAUCAUUGACGCACUCGGGAUGGCAGUGCACAUCUCCAACCCACGCGCCAAGGUAGCGGAGGAUGUUGUGGCGUUCCUCAUGCACCCAAGUGUGGAAGGGGCAAAGCGCGUAAACACGAAGAGUUCGCGGACGGCGAGUAAACCCACAAAGCGUGGGCGAACAUCAUUACCAAGGGGCUCUGCCGUGAAUGCCUCUGCAAAGGAGGAUGAAUCGGUGGGAGCAACAGCAAAAACCUCACCAGUAACAUCAACAGCUUCAAAAAAAUCACCAUCACCAAAAACAAAAACAACCAAAACAACAGCAUCAUCAUCAUCCCCUGCAGAUGAAGGUGUGAAAGCAAAGCGCACCAAGAAGGAGCUGCCAGUGGCGGAAAGAUCUCCAUCUGCUAAUCCACCAAGUGAUGAUGCACUUCGGGUUGCUGUAUAUAAACGAAUCCUUCUUACACCUCGUGAGGAACGGGUGAAUCUUACCACAAAGGCGUUACGUUUGGAGUUGCAAGAAUCUUUUGGUGAACUUGAGGCACGAAAAGCAGUGAUUAAAGAAGCAGCAUCUGAAUGCAUUACAGCACUGGUUGCUGCGGAGGAAGCAGCAGCAGUUGCGGCGACAGCGACUGUUACAGGUACAGCUACAAUUACAACUACAACGAUAGAAGGUGGAACAAUGUCAGUAAGUCUUCCUGGGGUAUCUUCUGAGGCAGCUAGAGUAAGUGGUAAUGGAGAUCAUACAGUGGAGCCUUCACCAGCACCUCACCCUCCAUCGAUGCAGUUAACUGAUGCUGCUGCUUCAACCCGCAGUCAACCUCCACCACCUGAGACACCUGACAGCUCUGUCGCACAGCACUCAUCAGUGCCAUCGUUUCCAGCACAUCCACCGGUAGCGGCGACUGUGGUUUCCGCACCAUCAUGUCCUCCACCCGGCGCACCUAUUGUAUGA